AUGACUUCGCUGAUUUGGAUACUUUUGCAGUUUCUGACAAGAGCCAAGAAGCAGUUCAACGAGAAGUAUGAGAAAAAUCCAAAGUGUGAUGUGAGUUUGGAUGAGGACUUUGACGUGAAGAGGACUCUCGGCAGUGGCUCCUUCGGAAGAGUGGUGCUUGCAGAAUAUAAAAAGAGCAAGAAGAAGAAGGUGUAUGCGGUCAAGAUAAUGGAAAAGGCAAAGGUGAUGAAGCAGAAGCAACUUGAUCACACCAUGAAUGAGAAGAGGAUCCUGGCCUCCAUCUCUUUCCCAUUCAUCGUCAAACAGGCAUUCGCUUUCAAGGACAACACGUACAUCUACAUUGCGCUGGAGUUUGUAUCUGGCGGAGAGAUGUUUCAUCAUCUCAGAAAUGCUGGACGAUUCGGGGAAAUGAGAACGAGAUUCUACGCGUCACAAGUGCUACUAGCGUUUGAGUACAUGCACUAUCUGGACCUAAUCCACCGUGAUCUGAAACCAGAGAAUCUUCUAAUUGACCACAAAGGGUAUCUGAAGGUCACUGAUUUUGGCUUCUGCAAGAAGAUCAAAGGAAGGGCCUGGACAUUUUGUGGAACUCCUGAAUAUUUGGCGCCAGAAAUCAUUCUCAGCAAGGGCUAUGGAAAGGCGGUGGACUGGUGGUCGUUUGGGAUUCUGAUGUUUGAGAUGGCCAGUGGACAACCCCCCUUCCAGGCGGAGAAACACAUAAAGAUGUACGACAUGAUAGUCUCCGGCAAAGUAGAAUACCCGAAACACUUCUCGGCAGAGUUAAAAGACCUCCUUGAAAACUUAAUUCAGGUUGAUGUGACGAAGCGGUAUGGUGCAUUGAGGAAUGGAGUUCAAGAUAUCAAGAACCACAAGUUUUUCGCCCCCGUUGACUACAUUGCCACAUACCAGAAGAGGUUGGAGGCUCCGUUUGUGCCUGAGACUAAAGGAGUUGGAGAUGACAGUAACUUCGAGAAGCAGGACGAGGAAGCCAUGAAGACAUCUGAGACAUGCAAGUUCGAAGAGGAGUUCAAAGACUUCUGA